UAAGAUUAUUGAAUAUAUAAAUAAAUAAAUAAAUUACCUAACAAAAAAUAAAAUAAAAAAGAGUGAAAGAAGCUCUGAAAUCACAUGUAGAUUUGAGCAGGAGAAGAGCAGAGCAUCAGCAACUACUACUCUUUAUUAUUAUUCUCUUUCAAUUGUCACCAAACUGAUUGUUAAUCAACGAUCAGGAGAGGAAUCUAUUUAGAAUUGUGAAGUUUGUUCCUUCUAAGACUUGAAUGUUGGAAGGAACAACUGAUUGAUAAGAUUAGACAACACAGAGAUGUUCUCGUUGUUUUAUGGCCUUUGGAAGUAUAUGUUUAGUAAGACAGAGCUUCAUGUGCUCAUUCUUGGGAUCGACAAGGCUGGGAAGACGACAUUGCUGGAGAAACUGAAGUCAGUAUACUCAAACUUGGAAGGCCUCCCUCCUGAUCGAAUUGUCCCAACUGUUGGACUUAAUAUUGGUCGUAUUGAAGUGGAAAAUUCAAAACUGUUGUUUUGGGAUCUAGGAGGUCAGCCUGGUCUUCGCUCAAUUUGGGAAAAAUAUUAUGAUGAGGCACAUGCUUUGAUAUAUGUAAUUGAUGCUGCUUGCCCAUCCCGUUUUGAAGAUGCAAAAUCUGAGUUGGAAAAAGUUCUUAGGCAUGAUGAAUUGCAGGGAGCCCCUCUUUUGAUAUUAGCAAACAAGCAGGAUCUUCCUGAUUCUGUAUCGGCAGAUGAGGUUGAUCGAUAUCUAGACCUUAAGAAGUUGGAUGAAAGGGUUUACAUGUUUGAAGCUGUUUCAGCAUAUGAUGGAUUGAUAUUUGAUUGCAGUAUGGGGAUCAAAGAAAGUGUAGAGUGGCUCUUGGAGGUAAUGGAACGAAGCAAGAGAACUGAGAUGUUAAGAGCUCGUGCAGGUGUAACAGGCCCUGGUGCUUAGAGACUGUGUCCGAUGCAGUUGUUUGCCCUGUGUUUUGUAGCAGCUGUAAAUAAACAGGGAUUACCUUUGAGUCUACAUGAAGAAGUCAAUCCAUUUUUCAACCUCCCCUCCCCUGCCGCAGCACAGCCUUCUCAUUUAUGCUCAGUAUACUAUACUUCUACUCUUGUACUGCAAUGGAGCAAGUCAGAGGAGGGAGAACACUCCAUAUCUGCUGGAGUGACCAAGGUUGCUGGCGUGAUAUGUUACUACAUUUGCCACUUGAAAUGUUUUUACUACCAAAUUUUAAAAUUGCUGAGGUGCAUUAAUUUCUCAUUCAAUGAUAUUAGAGGAGUUCAAGAUAUCAUUUGCUCUAUUUAUCAAAGAAUUCUGAUUGUUGUUUCAUCAGUUGAGACCCACAAGAUGUUUUUAAGAGAUGCAAAUUUAUAGAAUGUGUGCCUAGUUGCCUAGUUCUAUUCAAUCCUAAGGAGUUUCUCUUGUUUUUUCA